CCCAACCCGAUUGUUACAUCGAUACUCGCCUAUCGAGCAAAACAAAUUUUCAAAUUUUUCCCAGUAAAGCCACUGUUAAAAUGCCCGGUAAAGGCAAAAAGAAAGCGACUGGAAAAGGGGGCAAAGAUCCCGCUGAUAAGAGCUCUGGAGCUAGUGGCGGUGGUGGUGAGGACGAUGAAGCCGACGAAGAAGAAGCGGAAGUGAAACCGAAGAAAGGCAGGGGAAAGAAAGGUAAAGGAAAAGGAGGAAAAUCUUCCAAGUUCCAGGGUGAUCUGUUCAGCGAGGCCGCCAUGGAAAAUGCGUACUACGUGUGUCACAACAUUCAGGACGUGUUAAAGUCGCGUGGCUUUGCCUGGCCAGAUGGUCAGAAAAAGAAAAAGAAGGGCAAAAAGUAAAGAAAUUAACUGUUCGAAAAUGCGUUCGGACAGUUUUCUUCGCUGUGAUGCCUACUACUUAGCCUACCUGAAGGCGUUUAGUUGUUGAUGUGUCGAGUGAGUGAUGUUGAGUACGAUCAAGGUCGCAGCGUGGUUUGUGGAAUAGAAAACGAUUUGUAUAGAAAACAGUG